AUGCUUCUACACGUCUGUUUGUUGCUCGUCCCCGCGGUGGCACUUGGAAUUUUCAAAGAUCUCCCAUUGGUUAACGAUCUACCAACAGGAGACAUCUCAGAAUUGCAGGCCAUCCCCGGUGCAUUAACGAGCCUCCUUGGUAAAGUUGGACUUGGUGGUGACAAUGGGUUAGGCAUCGCUGAAGCAAAAAAUCUGUUAAAGAACGCUGAUACAGAUGGAGAUGGAAUUGUUAUUACUGCAGAACUUUCUGCCACAUUUCCAGGUCUUAGCCUUGAGGAAAUAGGUGCAUUUGAGUCCUUCUUUGACGGUGACAACAUUUCGGGAAUUUCCGGGGCAGACAUAGAAAUUACAAUUCAAAAAUAUGACACUGACGGGAAUGGAUACAUCGAUCCAUCGGAGCUUGACGUGGCUGGGUCCCGCGGAACUAAGACACAAGGAGUGUAA